AUGACAAACUUCUUAGCAAGAUAUUGGAAAACACUAGCUGCUGCGAGCGCAUCGAUAGGGUCAUCGUACUUGUUUCGACAUUGUAACGAAUCACAGGACAAUCAUCGUGUGCUUUCUGUACUUACGCUCCAAGCAGCACAGCCCGAACGACGAAACGUUAAAACAUGGAUGACAAAACAUCGAUAUUUAGAAGAUGAAAAUGAUGAGAAAGACGAUGAAGAUGAGAAAACGGAUAGAGAUAGAUUGGAAAGCAACGAUGAAAAUGUUGGAAAUCUCCGUGAAAAACGCUUUCGUGAGUUUGGUUCAGUUGAAUAUAAUGGCGAAAUUUAUAUGACACCUGUCGAUUUCCUCGAAUCACUUAUUUCUGAUCAACCUCAACCACGUAUCGGUCGUCGACAUCUUACAGAUGAGACGGUUUGUGCUAUGUUAUCAAAAACGCCUACGAGACAACGGGGAUCGAACCGAUUUUUUCGUAAUCUUGGAGAGGCUGGUCUGAUCUCAUUUUGGGAAUAUUUAUUUCUCUGUGUUAUCUUAAUAAAGCCAGCUUCACAGAUUCAAAUUGCAUUCAAAAUGUUCGAUACCGAUUGUGAUCAAUUGGUUGGUAAACAUGAAUUUCUUGUGAUUAGCAAAAUAAUUACUCAAAAGCGUUUGACUUCUCAAAAAAGAUCAAAACAUUCUUCAUCGAAAUCCAAAUCUACGAUUAACACCAGCAGUUAUUACAAUCUUGAUCGAACUGAACCGGCCGAUACGAGUUUACUCGUACAUUUGUUUGGUAAGAACGGUCGUGAUACAUUGACUUAUGAAGAUUUCAAACGUUUUACGGAAAACUUCCAACAGGAAAUACUUGAAAUUGAGUUCAAUCAAUUCUCUCAUGGAUUCAAAGCAAUAUGUGAUUUAGAUUUCACCGAAAUGAUUUUGCGUUAUACAGAUUUGCCUGAUGAAAUAAAAAGAGUUAUAUUUAGAAAAGUGAAACAAACAACCGAUGGAUCGAACCGGAUCACAUUGGAUGAAUUCAAGCGAUUCUCAGGUUUUCUCAAGCAUCUCGAAGAUUUCAAUAUUGCCAUGCGUUUCCAUCAAUUGUCUAAUAAACCAAUUUCACAAGCGGAAUUUCAACGAGCAGUAAAGAUCUCUGUAGGAUUUGAACUUGAUCCACAUAUAAUCGGUCUUAUCUUUCGAAUAUUCGAUAUCGACAACGACCAACAUCUGAGUUAUGACGAAUUCAUGGGUGUGAUGAAAGAUCGACUCGCUCGUGGCUUUCGUACGCGCGAUCUGGAGAAGAGUACUCUUUCGAAAUUCGAUCAAUUCAAACUUUGCCUACGUGAACAUGGUAAACAAAAUACUUCCGCUUAA